AUGGCCGCCUUCCGAGGUGCAGUCAAAGCUGGCGCUCAUGCGAUAGAGACCGAUAUUCAUAUCUCGGCCGAUGGCGUUGCUGUGAUAUCACAUGAUGCAUCCCUCAAACGCUGCUUUGGCAUUGAGGCUCGCAUUGGAGAGUGCUCGUGGGAGUAUCUCAGCACUCUACGCACAGUAGCCGAGCCUCAUGAACCUAUGCCGCGGCUCAAAGACUUCCUUCAGUGGUUAAUUCAGCCGGAAUUGCAAGACAUUUGGGUGGUUUUAGAUAUCAAGGCCCCCCAGCUGGACGAUGACCCGGCAGAGUUGAUGGCUGCAAUUGCGAGGGAUUUAGACGCCGUCCAAGCACCUGUGCCAUGGGAUCAACGUAUUAUUCUGGGAUGCUGGAAUGCAUCAUUCCUACAGGCUGCGCGUAGUCAACUUCCAACCUAUCCAUUGGCCCAUAUCAGCACCUCCCUCUUAUAUUCGCACCACUUUCUGCGCGUACCCAACCUCGGCUUCAAUCUCAACCACAAGACUCUCAUCGGUCCAUCAGGAAGACUCUUCUUACGCGAACUUGGAAAGACUGAUAAGCUUCUUAUGACGUGGACUGUCAACGAACCUCGCCACAUGGAAUGGUGUAUCCGUCAGAAUCUGUGUCAUCCACGGCGCCGCAAUGGAAAGAUCGAGGGGCCUGCCUUGAUAGAUGGUGUCAUUACUGACAAUCCUGGUUUGUACCUCGAGAUGUGCGAAAGGUUCGAGAACGAGAUGGAUGGCAAGCUCGCCAGACCAAAGCUGGCUCUCACUGAAAGGAUAAGGAAGAAGGCUGAGACGGUAGCCGUCGUUAUCCUGACGGAGACUCUGAUGAUGGCUUACCAUGUUCUCAGAAGGAUGCAGGGCAAGUUUGAUUUUCUUCGAGACCGCCAGAGCUUGGACAAAUAG